AUGGCUAACAAUCAAUUAUUUGUUUCAGUUGUAGAUCCAGGCGUAGUAAAAACUGGCGCAUAUAAAUAUGAGGAUGGGACGAGAUACGUUGGUGAGUGGAAUUCAAAGGGACAGAAGCAUGGUAUGGGACACUUAGUGCUUCCAGAUGGGACGCGAUAUGACGGAGCAAUGAUUAAUGGAUUGUGUUCAGGACUUGGUGUAAUGGCAUUUCCAGAUGGAGCCAAGUAUGAAGGCGAGUUCAUGCAGGGUUGGUUUCAUGGUCACGGUGUAUUCUGGAGAGCUGAUGGGAUGAAGUACGAGGGGGAGUUCCGUGGCGGAAGAGUUUGGGGUUUGGGUCUCGUGACAUUCAGCGACGGAAGUAAUGGGUUUCCGCGAAAUGAGGGUUUCUUCCAGGACUGCAAGCUGCUUCGACGCAAACGGUGCCCUGAAGUUGUUCAGAGGGGGCAGAAGGUAGCUUAUAUGGCUAGAGCGCAGUGCCAACAAAUGUAAUUUA